UGUUCUUCACGGACUCUCCCCAGUCGCCGUCACCGAAUACACGCACCUGCCGGGAAUAAACGUCAAAUUGGAUGCGAAGCCGAAGUUCUCCCAGUUGGGAACGGACAAGCUGUGAACUCACGGACAUUUUAAUUUCCUUAAAGUUUUCUAUAUUACCAAGGGAGAAUCGAGGGGGAAGAGGAAAACAGUAACCAUAUUAAACCAGAACUGAUUCAAAGGACAGUCUUGGACAGUAUGUGGUGCAGCUCCUGCCGUGGAUGAGACUGAAUUCAGCAAGUAGUAUAAUAUCUGGAAACACAGACAGAAAGAUUUAGUAGUUUAUCCGGUUUGGAGCCCCUCUCUCUCUCUCUCUCUCUCUCUCUCUCACUUGAAAAAAUGAAGUAUCCCAUGCUGUUGCUCGCCCUUGUUAUUUUGGCUAGUUUGGGACUGGCUGCGUAUAUCCAGUCUAGAAGGAAACUGGAGAUGCAACUGGCGAAGCAGGCUUCUUUCCAGGAUAUUAAGUACCGUGUUACUAGAGAUGUACUUGGUGAAUACCACGACCAGGUAGUAAGAACGAACAGCCUGGCAGACAAGACCAAGGCUCAGGUGGAGGAGUUGAACGCCCAGGUCGCUGAGGUGCAGGAGAAAGCAGACAAGAAGAAAGAGGAGAUGGACGCCUGCAACGGAGAGAAGAAACGUAUCACAGACGAAAUGGCCGCUUCAGAAACAGAGAAGACAAAUGCCCAGAAGGAGUUUGAGAAGGAGAAGGCGCGUUGGACAGAGGAAAUGGCCAAGCUGAAACAGGAAAAGGAACAACGCAGUAAAGUGUGUGAUUACAUUAAGAAGGAUUCCAGCGAGGGCAGGACGUUGUGUGGCGACCCUCCCGUACAGGCAGAGAAGCCUGAGGAGAAGAAAGCCGAGAGCAAAAAAGAGGAACAACCCAAAAGAUAAAGCGCACCCUGUCACCAUCACCCAUCGACACACAGGUACAAAGAGGAAGAGGAAAAAAGAAGACUUUUUUUUAUCCAGACUCAUGGAUAUGACGGUGUUUCUUUUGAAGUGUGUACAUCUUUUGUUUGUUUUGGUUUUUUGUUUUUUUUUAAUCAUUUCUUUCUCUCCGUCUGUCAUUCUAACAUUUGUCACACCUCACUCAAGAUGUUUGGUUUGUUUGUUUGUUUGUUUGUGUUUGUGUUUGGUUAGGGGUCACUAGGUUUAGGGUUUGAUGUCAGGGUACCCUUUAAUCUUGAUGUAUGUCUUUGUGCUGUGUUGCACAUUGGAGAUUUGAUCUAAACACGUGUGUAUGUGUUGAAUUUUAGGCCGAUACAUUGUUACUGUGUGUGUGUGUGUGUGUGUGUGUGGGGGGGGGGGGUUAUGACCUCCCUCAGGGUCUGUGUGUGUCCGUGGCUCUCUCUCAUGCGUACGUGCUCGUUCAUAUCGACCAAUCGAAAAGCCCUGACACAGUCCCUGUCACUCCUUAUCAUCCUCAUCACAGUGAUGGGGUGACGGUCAUUUAUGUUACCAUGAUGACCAAUCAGAGGCCUUCGCUAGAACGCAAACAGUUGGUUAUUUUUUGUUUUUUAUUUUGGGAACAGUUAGCCCCAUCUGAAGUGCUCAGACUUGUUCAGAAUGAAGUUUUGAACAAAUAAUAAAUAA